AUGAUCCAGGUGACCAACGGACAUGAGGCUCUUAACGGCUGGCGGACCGAGUCCAUGUACAGCUAUAGCGAGGCCGCGCACUUAGCGAACGUCUCUACCUCAACGGUCAAGAACUGGCUAUUCGGAUAUACGGUCAAGGGCAGGGAUGUUCCACCCCUCUUUCCAUCCAGCGAUGCUGCCAUGGUCUCUUUCCUUCAGAUGAUAGAAAUCAUGGUCGCUGGACGGUUCCGUAAGAGCGCAUUGGGGGGGAAGAGUGUUCCGUUCCGUGCGGUGCGAGACGCCUAUGUCAACGCACGAGAGUCGUGGGGCAUCGAGUACCCGUUUGCCCACAUGAGAUUGGAAGCGCUAGGUGGUCACAUUGUUCACUUCUUGAGAGAGGGUAGCUCGAUAGCCAGCUAUCAAUCCCUAGACGCCCCAGAACAAUGGACUUUGCCGGGGCUGUUGCGCGAAACGAUCGACCAAAUCGAGUAUGACGACGAGCUCGCAUCUCGAUGGUUCCCUAUAGGUAAGGCCGUGCCUAUCGUUGUUGACCCCAAGCUAAGCACGGGUCUGCCGGUAAUCAAGGGACGCGGGGUGACAGUGCAAGCAAUCCGCAAUCGAUUCAAGGCCGGCCUUCGCAUUGAUUUCAUUGCUAAAGACUUCGAAAUGGAGCCUGACCUCGUAGAGACAGCUCUGCAGUACGGGGAGAGGAUCGCCGCUUGA